UUACCACCGUGACACAGUGUCAGUGGGCACAGGACUCUGAGCACUGCGACGUCUGCUGGGCGUCAAGCAGAACACACUUGUAUUGAUGGGCAGAAGAUCUGGCGAACAGACGUGUUGAUGAAAUGAACAGAUACAUUGAUGAUCAAGAUUUGUUGAUGAACAAACAGAUAAUUUGAUGAGUGAAUGCAUUGAUUAAAUGAACAGACGUGUUGAUGAAAUGGAACAGACGUGUUGAUGAUCAAGAUUUAUUGAUGAACAAACAGAUAAUUUGAUGAGUGGAUGUAUUGAUUAAAUGAACAGACGUGUUGAUGAAAUGGAACAGACAUCUUGAUGAAAUUAACAUGUGUUGAUGAAAUGAACAGACACAUUGAUGAGCAAGAUUUGUUGAUGAACAGAGAUAAUUUGUAUGAGUUGAUGCAUUGAUUAAAUAAUCAGACAUGUUGAUGAACAGGAUCUGUUGAUGAACAAAACAGAUCAUUUGAUGAGUGGAUGCAUUGAUGAACAAGCAAAUGUGUUCAUGAACAAGAUAGCUGUGACACAUUAAUUCAGAGAACAGGAAGUGUACAUUAGAUAAAACAGAAAACAUUUCCUGCAACAUUGGCUAUGUUUUAUUUCAAACAUCUAUAAAGAUCUGUGGCAGAGGUUGUAAACAGAUACAAAGGAAUGACAUCUGGAAGAUUGAUAACUGCGACAUAUUAAUUCUGAGGAUACACAAUAUUUGGGGUAUACAGGAAGCGCACAUUUUCUUGAAACUUAGACUGUACUUUUGUUUUGAAAAUCUGUUCUGCGGAGGCGGUUGUAAGCAGGCGUAAAAAAAUGACGGCUGAUUGAUAGCUAUGACAUAUUACUUCUGAGGUCAGAAACUGUGUGUUAUGAAACAAGUGAGCCUAUUCUCUUUAACAGAGGUUAUACGUGUAUUCUUAGGUGAAAACACUGGAAUAGCAAGAACCUUCUGAAGUUGCCUCUUGUUUUUAUUCUGGAACCUUUUGUUGUUGUUGUUGUUGUUGUUGUCAUCAGACUGCAGAUGUUUUAAAAAUAUUUUAUUUGAUUGAUGAUUCCAUAUAUUAACCAAGUUAUUUGAAUUAUAUAUUCUCGAACAAAAUAUUGUUCAGAUACUAAAAUACUACUUAUUUUUCUCAGUACACUGGCACUUUAGGAAAAAUGCUAAGGUGUAUAUUUUGACAUUAUAAUUACAUCUUUAUGUGACAGCAUUUGAAAAGUUCAGAAGAUUUGACAAUUGAGGAUUUUUUGUCACAACAAACACUGAAGGUGUAUUUUUGACAUUAUAAUUACAUCUUUAUGUGAAAACAUUUGAACACUUCAGAAGAUUUGAGGAUUGAGGAUUCAGUCAUCAUGACAGACACUGAUUGAUCAUAUAGGUGGAUCAGACUGAUGACAUUUGGUGGAUUGAAUGUGAGUGAAUGUCUUUUAGUUCAUUCAGUACAAGUUUGUUGACAUUUCAGCAGUGAAUGUCUCUUGAGACAGAAAGGAUAGAAACCAGACAGAGAUUUUCUCAUGUGGUUGAACAGAUCGAAUCACUCAUCCAGAGGAAUUCAGUUUAUUGUGGAGAAACCUUGUGGAGAAAUUUUGUGAAGAAAUUUGUAAAUUUAUCACCUUCACACAUUUGACUGGAAAAUAUGUGGAUAUCACUAAUAGAUUGUUGAAUGGAAUUCACUUGAAUAUAUUAUAUACCACUACCUUUUUCUUGAACAUCGGGCAAAUUUUUCAUUUGCUAAAUUUAUUUUAAAGCUUAAUAUCUUAACAUGUCUCAUUGCUGAGGACAUAUUGAAGGUGGUAUGAUUUAUCCUUCGAUGUUAGUUUGAUCAAGCUGAUAACAUAGGUUUAUUUUAGAGAUUGUUUUUCAGUGAUACAGUUUAUUUAUAUGUGUACGAAGUAUUCAGUUUCACAAAGCCUAUUUGUUCAUUGGAUUGUGCUGUACCUAUUCAGCUGUGGAGUACGUUGUAACCAUAGAUACACUGGACAUUACAAGCAAACUGACUAAAUUCUAUAUAGAGAUAUAAGAAUUAUGUAACAUCAAUAGCAACAACAACAAAUAAUAAUAACAAGAGUGACUCCCAAUAGCAAAUUUAUUAUUUGUACUAUAGAGUAUCACUAAACAUUUAAUUUAUUUCUUGGAAUAUAUAUAUAAAAGACAAUGAAGCUGAAAAAGAAGAGAUUCCCGCGUUCGUUCAGUAAGAAGAAGAAACAGAAGGACGUUGAGGAGACAGAGCCCGACAUCUCCGCGAUCAUCUCACCCAUCACCCCCGCCACGUUCUUCGACCAUCCCUUCCCCCGCGAUGCUGAAAAUGCCGACUCUGCCAUGUCUACAUCUCCGCUGUCUUCAACAUCGCCCGUCUGUAUGUCGCCGACCUGCAUCUCACCCGUCUGUGUCUCACCUUCCUGUGCCUCGCCUUCAACAGACGACGGAAUCGAUGGAGAUAUAUCCGAACUCUUCACGGAGCUAAUCAAGGAGGUAGAAUUCAAUGAUGCCCGUGAACGGGAGUUGAAUUUCGACAGAUUCACGUUGGAUACGAUUUCGUCGUGUUCCGUUUCGAGUUCCCCCGAUCUAGAGCUUCAGGAGCUUGAGAACGAUAUUUUUCUGAAUCUCUCGGAGAAACAGGGGAAGGAAGCAGAAGAGAAUGGAUGCGAGAUUGCUGCAGCUAAAGAUGGUGUGCCCGAUUUGGAGAAGAGUGAGGCGGUUAAGCACAGUUUGAAUAGCGUGUGCACGUGCAGUAAAGUCUGUUUCAAGAUGGUGGAGGUGAAGCACGUUGAGAUCAAACCUCAGAGUGAUGGAAACCCUGAAACCUGUUUGGUGAUCAGUACUUGCAAAGCAAUGAUUUGCCACCAUCCAGAAUGUUCUGAGAACAACGGUGAUCGGCCCCUGUUGUUAUGCAAACAGUGUGACAUCAGUAUCCAUAGUAACUCCGAUUCCAGUGGCCACCUUGUACUUGAUGCACCAAAGAAACGCAAGCCAGUUAUCCAGCAGCAGCACAGUUCAUCUGAGACAAAGGUUCAGAGUCUAAGUGAGGUGGACACAGAAGACGAAGACACGGUUGAUGGAUUCUACGUCAAGAAGAGCGAGUCCCAGAAACGGGCUCGCAUUCCAGGUCCCCACGAAACAAGACUGAAGAGGAAAAAGGCUUACAAGAAAAAGAGUUUAAGUAAAAAUGAUAGUUUUCUAAACCAGAGCUCCAACUUGGGUGUUGUUAUGGCCAACAGCACCGGUGAUGCUAAUGAAUGUGCCAAGGAUGAAAAUAUCAUCGUCAAUGGCGAUCCGGGUCUUCCGCCAGCUGGAAACAGGGUGUUGAGAUCAGGGUCAAAGAGUUUGUCGGAUUGUUUUACCCUGAAGUUUGAGAGCAACAACAAUGCUAUGCAGGAUAUAGAAAUUGUAACAGCUAUCCAAGGCAUUAACCUCAGGGAGAUACUGAUUCCGAUGUUGGAGCGCCGAGGUCUCGACAUUAUCACCGUGGAUGCCUUCGUGGAGCAGUCGAAGACGCCAUUACCGCUCAACUGUGACACGUUCCGCCUCGCCGGCAGUACAGUGCAUAUCCGGGUCGGCAAUCCAAAGAAAGAUGUGCCGGACACAGUCAUCACGAGAACUUCCACCAGCAGCAAACCAAGCAAUGCCUCCAAGACAAACAGCUCGAAAAACAAUAAAUCAGGGAAAAAUACUCGAAGAGAAUCCAUAACCACAGUCCCCACCCUCCUCGAACCUCCCCCUGUCAAGCAGCGUCGCGGUUCUCUGCAAUUCUUCAGUAUAUCCAAGAACGAGAACGGAAAAUCCGGUGAUGGUUUGAGAGUUUAUGACGAUUCCUUUGGGAGUUUAUCACGUCGCCGUGGUAACAACCUUUCGAUCGAUGACUCGUUCACGGUACCAUCGACGAGCCCGCACGGAACUCUUACAUUUAGGGAGGACAGAAAGAGCAAGGAAAAGGCACAGAAUAAAUUAUCACAACUCUUCACGCCUCUUAGUAAGGACCGUGAGAAGAUCGACCAGCUAAAUGAGAUUCUCAGUGGUUACAGUUUGAAUGGCUUACCGAGCUGCCCGCCACUGCUGGCCUUGGAUCGCAUCCCCUUCGAUGAGAAAGUCUUCCAGUUGGAGCCACAUUGGAGCUGUAUUGUCGACAAUGCAUCGUCAUUAACAAAGAGGCAACACGAUCAACAAGAAGCAAUAUGGGAACUAUUGCAAACAGAAAUCUCUUAUAUCAGUCAGCUCAGGGUUAUAACAGAUGUCUUCCAAGUUAGUCUUUUGAAUUUACAGGCAUCACAGUUAUUGAAUGAGAUUGAAACCGAGAAGUUAUUCUGCAAUAUCGACGCAAUCUGUGAUGUGAACCGCCAGUUCUGGGAGCAUUACCUGCUCAGAGUGCUCAAUGAGGCACGACACUCACGAAAACCGCUCAAUCCAUCCCUGCUCAAACAAGGUUUUACUAAGGAGUUCAGCACGUUGUUUCAACCUUACCUCAAGUACUGCAUGGAGCAAAGACCAUGUGUAGAGUAUGUGAAAUCUCGCUGCAAUGAAAAUGAUCUCUUUAAGAUUUUCGUCACGUGGGCGGAGGCCCAAAAGCAGUGCAAUCGUCUGAGUCUAACGGCGCUGUUGGUGCAGCCGAUGCAGCGACUCACCAAGUAUUCUCUCCUCAUCCAAGCCAUCCUCCGCAAAACAGAGGACGACAGACACCGCAAGGAUCUCCUUGAAAUGAUUGCGAGUGUGGACAAGUUUGUGAUGUCGAUCAACAACAAGAUGAACGACAAACUGAACCAGGAGAGGCUUGUAGCCGUGGUGGGGAAGAUCGAGCCGUACGAUGCUGUCGAACCACCCAGUGAAGAGUGCUCCAAGUAUAUAAGUGACUAUAACCAGAACUUCGACCUCCUGUCUCCGAUGCCUGGUUUUAGCGAUAGUAAGAGUCGGGCUCUCCUCUACCACUCCGCACUCCGCAUGAAGGAGUCACAAGCAAGUCGGAUGGACGUGGACUGCUUCCUGUUCACGGACCUGCUGCUGUUGUGCAAGUCUAACAAGCGGAUGGACAAAUACAAGAUCACCAAACCACCCAUGAGACUCGACCGAAUCAUCAUACACGAACUCAAGGAUAAAGGAAGUUUCCUGCUCAUCUAUUUGAAUGAGUACCAUGUGCCAACAGCCUCAUUCACGUUUCACGGUGACCCGAUGGCAGUACGCAUGUGGCUGGAACAGCUGAAGAACGCACAGGAGGCGUACGAGAAGGAAAAAUCGAAGCGAGUGAACCAGGCUCCGACUGUGCAGGAAGAGGUUCUGUACACAUCUCUCCAUGGAUAUCCCAUGAGCACCUCCAUCAGCAUGCUGACUCGCACGGAGAGCAUCGAGUCGACGGAGGGCAAAUUCAUCCCGAAUCUGGCGACCCACAGCAUGUCGGUUCCGAACCAGAACGGGCACUGCACCACGUCUCACAGGGACGGUCAGGACAUCGUUCGUUCCGGGUCGCUGAGCAAUAUCGUGGGACAUGCCACCAUGGUGCAGCAACAACGACAGUUAUCGCAGAGCGAGCGCGGGACGCUGUCGUCGCCCGAACACUCCCCAUCUCCGGGGAAGAGGAACCGCCCGGUUACGGUCAGUCUGUCAACACCGGUGAUGUCGGACACGUUCGAAUUGUUCGCUACUGACAUUCAGAUUCAGUCGGAUGUCGAGAUUCGAACUGAGGCUCCUCCACCUUCUCCUCCUCCUGUCGUUUCGUGUGUGACAGACGAAUCGGUCGUCGACGAGGAAACGAAAUUAAAACUGAACCAGCGCCGGACAUCGCGGACGGAGAAGCGCUACUACACGGUGGACUCGGUUCAGGAGCUGCACAAGCAGCGUGACAAGGACAACAGCAUUCACAAACGGCUGUCAUGGAACCUGGGCACCAAGCUGGAGGAGCAGCGGCUGAAGGACAAGACGAAGAGCUGCGACUCCAUCCGCAGCAUCCCCAGCUCCAGCGGAUUCAGCUCCUCUGGCUCGCUGCAGAACCCCGAGUCAGAGAUCUGUGAGGAGAUGGAGUCCGGUGGCACGAACCAUGACAUUCACGAUCUGUCGUCGUACUCGCUCGGACCUGACGACGGGAUGAUGCAUUUGACGCACGAGUCUAAACGCAACUGUAAGUCGACGUCGGAUAUUGUGACGCUGCUGCAGGAAUUGAAGACGAGCGACGUGGAGGAAGGGAUCUCGUCGGUGGAUCUGCCCACGUUUCAGAUGGACAAGAGAAAACUGUCGCACGCGCAGAUUCUCAAGAUGAAGAAGCAGCUUCUACUCAACUCCAAUGUGGAGGCGUCGGAGGUGUAGCAGCUUCUCCUUACUUAAUGACUCGCAGCUUAUAACACACAAAGUGCUUUCAUCCUUCACUUUACACAGGACUGUUUCCAUGGUUACUGCUUAGUGAUCAAGUGCUUAACAAACCACAAACACACUUCCUUUCUUCCUAAAAGUGCAAAUAGGAAAGAGUUAAUAUUUAUCUGCCUUCUGAUUGGCCAGUGUGACUCCCAAAUGGAGAAUCAGUAAUGCUGAUUGGUUGGUGUGGAAUAUAUAUAUAUAUUAUACAAGUAGAAAAUCAGUUAUUCUGAUGGGCUAAUAUGGAAUUCAAAUAAAGAUGGAUAAUGCAGAUUGGUCAACGUGGAAUUUUAAAAAGAAAAUUCAGUGAUGCUGAUUGGUCAGUAUGGAAUUUAAACAGAGAAUUCGGUUACGCUGAUUGGUCAGUAUGGAAUUUAAACAGAGAAUUCAGUUAUACUGAUUAGUCGGUGUGAAAAAUAAACACAAAUGGCUUGCAACACUAGUGGAGUGUGUUGGCUGUUGAAAAUGACUGAUGUGGAUAUUACAUCAUCAUGGCUAAGCCGUUGAACCAGAUAUGUGAGUUUCAUUUGUUAGACAGAAUCGAAUCCAGAGGAACAGUUGUUGGUGGAGAUGUGUGGUGUAGAUGGGGGGCUGAUGUCCCAAAAUGCAUUCUUAUCAAUGGACAAGGAUAUGCAGGGUCUCCCCCAGAACCCCUUCUAGAUCCACUCUUGUUAUUUAUAUAUCAUCACAAAGAUACACCCAACAACCAUGUUGAGUGUUUCAAGAUAUCAAUAAUAGCUUGCAAUAAUUGGAAUUAAUAUAGUUGAUCAAAUUGUGUGAUAUAAUGAUGAAAAAUGGCAGUUUAGAAAAUUAUUUAGAUGAUUGGAAAUCCUAACAGUGUGGUGGACCAAAUUGCCUUGCAAGACUGAGGCAUCCAUGUGGAAUAUGUGUAAUAAUAUUAUUAUUAAGAGUUCUUAACAGUUAUUAACAUGUUCAGGAUCAUACAUAGUGUAUUACUUGGGGUAUUGUGGGUUACCUUCUAUACAUGAAAACAUAUAUCAAAAAUGUUGAUAUGAUAAGUAAUAUUUAUAUCAACAUUCUUGUUUUGUUUGAAAGUCUACACAAGCAUUAUCUCCCUCCCCCACUCUGGCAUUAUCUCCCCCCACCAGUGUACAGAAUGUAUGCUUGUGAAAAAUGUUAAUUAUGAACCACUGUAAGAUAUAAAACCCUAUUCCAAAUAAACAUGAAUUCAACCUGUUCAAAAUCCGUAGUAUUACAGAGCAAAAUGUCUUAAAAGAAUGAGCCAUUAUUAAAAUGCACUUGCUGGACUACUUAGUGUACCAGAGCAAAAAAUCUUAAAAGAAUGAGUCAUUAAAAAUACACUAGUUGAACUCUGUUAAUUGUUCAAGAGCAAAAUGUCUUGAAAUAAUGAGUUGCUAUUAACUUUUAUUAACUGGACUCUUUAUUUCUAUAAAUCAGUGUUCAAAAUAGAAGGCAGAAUCUGUAAUUUAUUCAUUAUUAUUGUUUACCUUAAUCUACGCUUGUAAAGCAAAUAGUCUGGAAAGACUGAGUGAUCAGUUAAACAUACCUGUAACUGGGGGUUUUCCAUUUUAAUCAGAUAAACAAGGAGUUAGAACAUUCUGUUAUACUCCACAUUGCAUACAAUGAUUUUAAGACACAUUUUUAUAUUUAAAUACAAUUUUUUAAUUGUUUUUCUGCUGUUAAAAUAUAUAAAUUUCAUAGUCUUCUUGGCACAAUACUGACAUUGGUGCCAGGACAACCCAGCUACAUGCACGGAUAUGUGAGACAAAUGUUAAUACAGCCAACAACUCUUCGUUGUUAUAUUUAAGAGGGUGAGUGCUUGCAAACAAUUUGACUGGUUUCCAUUCCUGUAAAGAGAUUGUCCGGAGUUUUCAGCCAGUGUUGAGAUAUUUCCACCUAAUGCUAGAAUCAGACUAUCAACUGUCAUGACAGAGUUGACCAACUCUCCAUUGUCACAACUUCUACGACUGUCCUGUUGCUAGUCUGAGUGCUCUUACAACUGCAUUAUUGUUGUAUACAGCUGCUACAACCAGUUAACUAUUAAUGUGAGUGUACCUGACGUAAGUUGAGAAAAUUACAAUGCAACCAUCAAAAGUUAGCCAACUUUGUUGUGACAGUUGAUAGUCUGAUGAUCCUGGUAUAACAGAGCCUUUUUAAUAUGUAAUUUUCAAGCACUUUAUCUGGUAUAAAUGUGUCAUUUGUUAAGCUUUCACAGUCGCAAAUGUAAUAUCAGCUGUCAUUUUAUCUGACAUAAAAAGAAAGAAAGUAUUUCUGUGUUGAAUCAAUUCCAUGCUGUACAUUUCAAAAUGCAUAUCUUAUAUACAUUGAAACUUGUUUAAUUUGGACCGUGAACAAACCAGAAUACUGUCAAAACCGGCUCAGUUUCUAGGUCCUGAAUUUUAAAAAUUCAAAAAUGCGACCCUCUGAACACCAGAUCCAGUCUAAUUCGUGUAAAUAUUUAGUUUUCGGCAUGAUCUGGUUUAGACCCCACACAGUAUGUAUGUGCUUACAUACAAACCUAACAGUAACAUCAACAGUUGCUAGAACACCAUCAUGUUUUCCCGCUAAAAGAUAAUAUCCAUUUUGACUAUUCAAAGGAAAUUCGGUGACAACAUUUAUACAUUUUGACUUUAUUUGAAAAUCCGUAAUUGGCAGAACUGUUAUGAAUUUUCAUAGUUAAAAAGGCUGACAAUGGAGGAAAACUCGGACAGUUCCUAUAACAUGCAUUUAAUUGUAGCAGGGCUUGAAAUGUCAAGUUAAAUAUGCCUUUCCCAUGUUCAGCCUUCAAAUAUUUCGCUGAUGUUCGCAAACUAUUUGAUUGGUUCCCGACAUGAUCAAUUUGUUAUCAAUCGAUAAGUACAUAAACCAGUCUAGCUGACAUUUUUCUGAUGUUCGCAAACUUUUUGAUUGGUUCCCGACAUGAUCAAUUUGUUAUCAAUCGAUAAGCACAUAAACCAGUCUAGCUGACAUUUUUCUGCUCAGUCUGGCUGAACUGUUUGUUUUCAUAACAGCAGGUCAAAAGAAAUAUGUUCUGCUAAGAAACAAAUAUGGCCUGCUGGAAAUGAAGGGUUCUAAUGGAUACAGUGUGUGGAAAAUCGGAAUGUCUGAGAUGUAUUUUAGAGCAUUAUGGAAUUAAAAUAUGACAGAAUCUUGAGCUAAACGGCAGAUGAGAUAACUGUACCUACAUCUGUCUCUUUGAAAAUAACCUGCAAUUUGUUUGUGCUUUUAGUCGGUGAAUUUUCUUUUCCUUUUUAAAAAAAGAGGCCUACUUUUCGGUUUUUCGCAGGCCGUUGUUUCAAGCCCUGCUGUAGGUGUGAAAACCAGUCUAGCUAGCUCUCCACCUCCUGAACAUGUCUCUGGUGAACUCCUCACAUUUCAAGAUAAUCGUUUCUGUCGGUAACAUUCACCUGUUCUCAGCAAUACUCAGGAAUUCUGUAUUCAUAAUUAAUGCAAAUAGUUUUUGCUAUCAAACUGAUAACAGUUUUUUGUUUUGUUUAAUGACACCAUUAGAGCACAUUGGUUUAGUAAUCAUUGGCUGUUGGAUGUCAAACAUUUGGUAAUUUUGACAUAUAGUCUUCAAAAAGGAAACCUGCUACAUUUUUCGAUUAGUAACGAGGAAUCUUUUAUAUGCACCACUAGACAAUGGAGUCAUGGUGCACUGGCCAAGAUAUAGCCCUCUAAACCAGGCACACUCGGGACCAAGAAAAAAGUCUGGUUUUAAGAGGGAUUGGGUUUAGAGAGGCUCUCUUCCAUACAGAUAUUCAGAAAGGGUCCACAAAAAAACGUCCGGUUUUGAGGGAAGUCCGGUUUUGACAGGUUUCACUGCACUAGUGUUUUUUGAAAAAAACCCACAAAAAAACCAUGUUGAUGUCUCACUCAUUUCAUAUAAUACAUUCUUAAGAUUCUUAAAUAAUCGACAUAUCAGAUAAACAUAAAAUUUCAUAUACAGAUAUAUAUAACUUACAAUGUAAACCUAACUAAGAUACAGGCCUGUACGAAUGAAAUAUGUAAAGGGGUCUGGCACAAUCUUUAAUUGAGGGGCUACCAUCUCUAGUGGAUGGGGACACAAGCCAGAUUUUUAUCUUUAUUUAUAUACAAGUGGGGAGCAGAGACCCUCUCCCCUUCCCUUCCAGUUCCUACAGGCCUGAGGCCUAAUUCACUAAGCUCUCGCAACUUUGCGAUCUCGCAGUGCAAUGCUACAAGACUUGCAAAGAGGAUGCUUUGUUGUCUAGCAGAGCCUAAGAGACCUUUGUGAAUUAGGCCCCUGAAGUACACAUUUAUAUGCAACUUGUAAAUGACAUUUUACGAGUUUUGAGAAACUUCUAAUGUGUACAAAGAGCACAGAAAGCUGUGACGUAAAACACAUUAAUUUCUAGUUUCUCCAUUGACAAUUGCCCAUGUGUAUUGAGAAUCUCAACUUCCAUACUUUGUAAUUCCACGUUAUGUAAACAAAAUAUUGUUAUUGGUGUACAGUUGCUGUAUAUUUAUAAAAUCGGAAAAUAAAUUUGUUUUAACCUUGAUAAAAAAAAAA